AUGUUCGAGGACCCCGACUGCUCGAAUAAAGCCUCUAACGGCUGCCGUUACUCUCGUACGGGGCCCGAAAGGGCUGCUGCUACUGUUCGCGCUGCUCGGUUUAACCGGCGACGGCCUGACUCUCGCUGCAAAUCGGCUAUCCAUGGACAGAGGUUGACGGACAAACAAUGGUUGCUUCAAAUAGAAACCGGCGAGGAGCUGCUGCUCGCGACGGCAGGUGGCGUUUCGGGCCGAGUGAACGGGCCUCGGAAUCGGCCUGCUACUUGCUCGGUUCGGACGUCUGCUCAAAUUUCACACAACAAUCGGAAGGUCGUACGGUUCUCAAACCCAUCGGUGAUGCUGCUCCCGGUCAUCGGACUUAGGCCCUCGGCUCGCCUGGAAUCUCGUCGUCGGGUCGAUUCUGCUGCUCUCGUCGGGAAAUUGGGGUCAGGUCGCGGCGAGCUACUCGUGGUCGGAUUGCCGGCGCGCACGGCCUUCUUGUUGCCGCAAAAGGACUGA